CCCGGGACGUCGCCAAUUUGUGGCUGGGAUUGAGCUGGUGGAGUGGACAGUGAGAGAGAAAGAGAGGGGGGAUGGUGGAAGGAGAAGAAUAGGCGAGAGGUCGCUUUUUAAUACAGUUUUAGAAACUUCAAUUUGAGGGUAAAAAAAACACGACCAAGCUUGCAAGCACAUUUCCUUCUUUACAGCAGGAGGCUCUCUCACUCUCUCUCUGCCAUUAGGCAAGGAAUUUGCUGAACCUUUCUUCAGAGCAGGCGCGCUGCAUUCCUGGAAAAUUCCUCGAAAUGGAAGGAGCCGGGAACGCGAUGCAGAAGAAAACUGCUGAUCUUGAGCACAUGGUCGAGGUUUUAAUCACUGGAGAGCAGCUAAGGCUCAGGCUUCAUGAGGAAAAAAUUAUCAAAGAUCGGCGAUAUCAUCUUAGAACCUAUCCAAAUUGUUUUGUCGCUAAAGAAUUAAUCGAUUGGCUUCUGGAUCACAAAGAUGCUGCUGACAGGGACAUGGCAAUCAAAUUGAUGCAAAAACUAUUGGACCAUAGUGUCAUCCACCAUGUUUGUGAUGAACAUAAGGAAUUUAAGGAUGCCAAACUUUUCUAUCGCUUCAGAAAAGAUGAUGGCACUUUCCCAUUGGAUAGCGAAGUGAAGGUUUUCACAAGAGGCCAAAGGAUAUAUGAAAAGUUGAUGAGCACUGAGAACUAUCUGAUGCAGACGCGGGAGGAGGAAGGAGUGAAAUACCAGCGGGCUUUUGUAGCAGGUGAAUUUAUUGACUGGCUGAUUCAAGAAGGAGAAGUUGCCAUAAGGAGUGAAGGGGAGCAACUCUGUUGUAGGCUGCUGGAACAUGGCAUUAUUCAGAAUGUGGACAACAAACACCACUUUGUGGAUGGUAACCACUUGUACCAAUUCCGUAUGAACUUUCGCAGAAGGCGACGGCUGGUCGAGCUGCUGAAUGAGAACGUGCCCUUGGUGCCUGACAGUCAUGAGAGUCCUUUUUGUUUACGCAAGCAAAAUUCUGACAAUCCUAACACCAGCUUUCUCUCAGUGAGCCCAACAAAGGAAAUCAAGAUUAUUUCUGCUGUUCGACGGUGCAGCAUGAGCAGCAGCUGCGGCAGCAGUGGUUAUUACAGCAGUAGCCCCACCCCCAGCAGCAGUCCUCCUGUGUUGUCCAAUCCAAAGUCUGUUUUAAAGAGGCCCGUAACUAUAGAGGAACUCCUAGCCCCCGGGGCACCAUAUAUGAAGAAGACGCUUACGAUUGUGGGCGAUGCAGUCGGCUGGGGAUUUGUUGUACGUGGAAACAAACCAUGCCAUAUUCAAGCAGUGGAUCCCAGUGGUCCUGCUGCUGCAGCUGGAAUGAAGGUUCGACAAUUUGUUGUUUCUGUGAAUGGCCUGAAUGUUCUUCAUGCGGAUUAUAGAACUGUCAGCAAUCUCAUUCUCACUGGCCAGCGUACCAUAGUAAUGGAAAUCAUGGAAGAAAUUAACUUCUGAAUAGGAAAUGGUCAUUCGGAAGCAUCCUGCCAAUCAUGCAGGGGCACUGGAACAUAAAAGUGAAACACCUCCUUUGAAUGCCAGGAUAAGGGAAUGUAUAACAUAGCUCUUUGCUUCAGGAGUUAAGACAUUGCCUUGUUUGUAUACAUUUUAAUUUGCUUACAACUGCCUCAUUAUCUGAAUGUUUAAAGUUUUCUUGACACUGGAACUAGGAUAUGCUUUUUUGAGCUGCCUGGUAUGUGAAUUGUGUUGCAGUAAUGCAUCAGACACUUGAAUGCAGAAAAUGACUUUUGCUGGUGCAUGUUUUAUUCAUCUACAAGUUUUAUGUCUCUAAGUGGACAUCUCCCAUUGCUCAUAAUGGGAUGUAGGGUGUGAUUAGAUGAGUUACAUUAUACAUGUGGAAUAAAUACCUCAACACUUGAAAAAGUAGAAUCCUGUUAAUACUUUGGAAACCAAAAAAUAUUUGCAAAUAUUUGUUAUUACCUAUCCCUCUUCCCCCUCCCCUACUCA